AUGUGUCAAGCGUCUCACUUCUGGUCUCUUCAACAUUCCCACCUCCACUGGAAUCUCACAUCGUUGAACAACAAUCCCGGAAGAGGAAUUCGAUCCGGGGUCAGAUCUCCUUGCACCAUAGCCCGAAGGAGGUACGGCUUCGAGAGGAUUCAAGCCAAACUGUGUCGAAACUCAAUGGAAACGAUGCCGCAUGUCCAAUCGGCAGCAAUUUUGGCUGCGGAAACGUGUAGAGAAGUUUUCAAAAAUAGAAGGUGGAAUUGUUCUUCCAUUGUCACCGCGCCUUUUUUGUCUGCGGAUUUAACAAGAGCCACAAGAGAGCAGGCGUACGUAUACGCCAUAAGUUCAGCGACGUUAACAUACACCAUGGCACGUGCAUGUUCUAGUGGAUCUCUUUACCACUGCACGUGUGCGAGUAAACCCAACAUCCCAUCCAAUGAGCAGUUUCAAUGGGGCGGCUGCGGUGACAACGUCAAGUGGGGGGCACAAUUCGCUAAAAGGUUCAUCGACAACGUGGAGAAAUAUGCUCUGGAAAAUAGAAAAAACAAAAGAAGCGACGCGAUAGGAAGCAGAGAGGAGGAUGAAGUACUGAAGAAUGAAGUUGCAGCGGUGAAUCUGCAUAAUAAUAAAGUUGGGAGGAAGGUGAUGGCCGAUAGCCUACGUACUCAAUGCAAAUGUCACGGAGUAUCUGGCUCGUGCAACAUCAAAACUUGUUGGAAAGCCUUACCGCCAAUGUCGGAAAUCGGGCAUAAAUUGCUCAAAAAAUAUACGAAUGCUGUAGAAUUGUCGAGGACUAUGGUAGAGAGAAGCAUCACGGAACGACUCGUGAAAAAACUCAAGAACAGAGAUGCGAGGUCGCAAUCGUUGAUAUACAUAUCAAAAUCCCCGGAUUAUUGUACGAAGGACGAUAAGUUGGGAAGUUUCGGAACUGUUGGAAGGCAAUGCAACGUAACUUCAAGCGGCCCAGAAAGUUGCAGACAACUCUGUUGCGGAAGAGGCUAUCGAACCGUUGUUGACGAGAAGAUCGAGAGGUGUCAAUGCAAAUUUUAUAAUUGCUGUUAUGUGAAAUGUAAAAUCUGUAGAACUAUGACUCAAAUACACGAAUGUCUUUAA